AUGGUGCCGUCAAAGCUUCGGAAAUUCGCACUUCAGGACGGAUUCUCGGUGCUGCCGCCCGCGGCCUGGGUUCCCUGGGCUCCUGCAACCAUUCCUGAAUUGCGGGUGCCUGCAUCACCACCACUAUUAUUAUCAGCCUGGUCCCUCCCGCAGAGGAACACACAUGCAUCAAUCGGCUGCAGCUGUGGCCUGUUGGAGGCCUCUGUAGGAAGAGGCUGGCGGUGGCGUAGGCUGCGACAAGACCCCUCUGGUCCGGCAGACUCCGCACCUGCGUUUCCCUCUCGCCGGGUUGGGCUCUCCCUUCAUUAG